AUGUCGACUUCCAACCCAAGUGCAGAUGGUCAAUCUGAAGUUGGGCAAGUUUUUGAACAAUUCCAAAGUUAUAUUGAUACACGAUUAAGCAAUCUCGAGAAUUCUUUACAAUCAGCGAACCAUGAUCAACCUGAAACGAACGACAUUCAAGCGUCGACUAAGAAAUUGCAGCGAGAGGCAGACGCCUUAAAGUUUAAGUAUAAGCCGAACGCUAAACAGUUUAUCUAUAAUGCUAAAGUCGAAGAUUUGGUUGGUUCCACAGUAGAACAUCUCGAGAAAGAAAAUCCUAGUUGUGAGCAGGCGUUGGAAUCCGCGGCUAAAAAAGCUUUGGUAUUGAUACAGAAGCGCCAGCCAAGAUGACUAAAUUGGCCGAUAAAAGCGAUGCGGGUUGGCUGGUCGUCGAGGAAUAUGAAAGCGAUGAAUUGGCUGAAGAUUCGGAAGACGGCAAGAAAAUCAGAAAGUAAUUGUGUACAGGUCGCUUGCUUUCUUUGUAAUUUCAAAUAGGCUUGUUUGCCAAGACAAGCCUAGCCUAUAAUAACAAAACUAGUUUGGUUAUUGUAUUGUGUACAGAAGAAUGGCGAAUUAAUAGGAAAAUGCUUUUCAUUCGGAGGAAUAGCAUGAGGGAGAAUGAAAAUAUAUUUUCCUAUUGUUUGAAGGCAUGACGCGGAACGUCAUGCUUCUGUGAGCAUCAGUAUAGAAUAUAAAAGGAAGUGAUUAUGAUGGAAUAAUCCUUCAAGUUCUCGACAACUACAACCUACACUUGACUGUACUGCAGAAUACGUUUUUCUUUUGUUUUUAUGUUUAGGUAUGAAGUUGAACUUAAUUUUACUUGUUUUGUUUCAUUAUUUAUGUUUCGCUGUGCAAGGCGGUCAGCAAACUCAUGGGAAAGCCAACGACAUUUGCUUCACCUGCGGGUAUAAAGGUCAUUGGAGCUACGAAUGCAGGGUUGGAUACUAAUCCAGACAAAGGAGUGCCCACUUCGUAUGGCCAUUAUCACUUCUCCAAGAAGCCAAGUUGGGAACAACAACGUCCCAGUGCAGACCAGAGUGGAAAGUGAGAAGAGUGAUUUGUCUGAGGACGAAAUGUGUGUGUUACAGGUACAGUCGUAUGGUAAAGGGGAAUUUGUUUGCACGGGCAUUAAUGGUCGUUCUCAACUGCCCACACAGACUUGUCAAGUACGGGGUAGACUUAAGCAACAUAUACAGUUUUGGGAAGCGAUCGAGGCUCCAAAAUUUAUUCUAAACACGAUACGUGAAGGGUAUAAAAUUGCAUUCUUAGUUGAACCAGCAUAUUCUUUCAAGUCGAACAAUCGUUCCGCAAAAUUGCAUGACGAUUUUGUUAGUGAUACAAUCAACGAGUUAUUAGAGGGAGAUCGGAUUUCUGAAGUACAAUGUAGACAAGAUUUACAUGUAGUCAGUCCUCUCUCAGUAUCCGUUCAGCCAUCAGGGAAGAAAAGACUUAUCCUAGAUUUCAGGCUCGUUAAUAAAUGCCUUUUACAAGAAGAAGGUAGAGUUUGAUGAUCAUAAGAAAGCCCUCGAAAUUUUUUACUUUAAACGGUUUCAUGACAAAAUUUGAUUUAAAAAGCGGAUAUCGCCAUGUUGAUAUUUUUCCGGGGCAUCGAAAAUAUUUGGGAUUUAGUUGGACUUUUAAAAACGGUGUACCAAGAUAUUUCAACUUCAAUGUAUUACCUUUUGGGUUGUCAAAUGCUCCAUAUAUAUUUACAAAAUUAUUGCGCCCUCUUGUGAAAUUGUGGCGAAGCAGGGGUUUCCAUUCCUUAGUAUAUUUGGACGAUGGUCUUGGCAUAGAAGAAACGGUUGAGAAAGUUGAAUAUGCCGCCCAUCACAUUCGAGGGGAUUUGUUCGCAGCGGGGUUUAUUGUAGCCGAAGAAAAAAGUGUUUGGGAUCCAACGCAAAUUAUAGAAUGGCUUGGAAUUAAGUGGAAUUCGAAAAGUGGGAAUAUUUCUAUAGCAGAUAAGCGUAUCACUAAAGCUGCAGCUUUGCUUCGCAAUGCCAGUGAAUUUCCAACAAAAUCUGCUCGUGAAUUAGCUAAAAUAGUGGGAUCUAUUAUUUCCAUGGGCCCUGUGUUGGGUAGACUUACAAGUAUAAUGACCAGACAUUGUCAAAUGACAGUAGCUGCAGGGCAAGAUUGGGAUACCAAAUAUGCAUUAGACAAUUAUUGUUUGUCUGAAAUUAAUUUUUGGUUGCAAAAUUUACAAUUUGUAAACAGUAAGUACUGCUUCAAUCGCAUAGCACACAACAAAAUGGUUUAUUCUGACGCCAGUGCGUAUGCUUGUGGAGCAUUAGUACAGGGUGAGAACCAAAUGGUUUGUUACAAAAUGUUUACCCCUGAGGAGAUAUCCUGUAGUUCAACACAUCGUGAACUGAUUACCAUAUUGUACAGUUUAGAAGCCUUUGGGGAAAAACUGUUUAAUUCCCGUAUUAAGUGGUUCACGGAUAAUCAAUCUACCGCGAAGAUUGUAGAUGUGGGUAGUAUGAAGUUGACUUUACAUGCACUUGCCUAUAAAAUUUUUUCAUACUGUUUGGCAAAUAACAUUGAUUUGAGUAUUCAAUGGAUUCCACGAGAAUUGAACGCCCAAGCUGAUUUCAUAAGCAAAAUUAAGGAUUGUGAUGAUUGGCAAAUUACCUCUGAUUUUUUUUUUUAA